AACAUGGCGCAAGUAUCGGUGGUCAAACCUGCAUUCUCCGACCCAGCCCGGGAGCUGUUCGAUCGAAUUUUCUCGAACGUUUCCCGCCUGUACGGACUCAUCGGGAUGAACGUGCUGGAUCCCCGGUACCGAACCAGAGGCCGCACGCUGGUGCCCUGGGUCGUGACCCUUUUCGCCACGAUCCAGGUCGCGUACUUUUUGUGGCGUGAACGUUCGGAUUUGCUCAAGGUCAUGGUGAUCCUGCCGUACGCGACCUUCCCGGUGCAGGGACUCCACGUGAUGCUACAGAGUGUGACCAAUCCGAGCAACUUCAAGGAUUUGCAAGCCAAGUCGACGGAGGUUUUUGAGCUGCUGAACGAAAAUCUGACGAACCGUCCGCGCAUGGCAAAGGUGUUGAAGGUCGCGACGUUUCUGCAGAAGAUGAUCAUCGGGUCGUACGGAGGAUCGAACGGGUUCAUCUUGGUGGCACCGUUUAUCGUUUGGUUGAUUUCCGGCACAAAGUCGUUCAUCUUUCUGUACCGGAUUCCGUUCGUUGACGAGUGGAGUACGGUUGGGUUUCUGAUGAACCUAGCCUUGCACGCGUUCAUAAUACCGAUCGCAUACUGCAAAUACGUGGGAAUCGACUGUCUGUUUAUCGCGAUGAUUGUGCCGAUUGCUGCCUAUGUGGACGGAUUGGUCAACGAGAUCGACGAAAUUAACGACCUGAUGGAGCAAGCCAAACCGGAUCAGAAGGUGAUCCGAACCAAGUUGAUCCGCAUCGCGAAGCUUCACCAACUGCUGCUGGAGUACGAGCAGAUGCUGGAAGAUCGCUACAACUUUAUGGCUUUGGUCAGGAUCGGAUCGAUCGUGCUGGGAAUCAUCAGCACGAUCGUAGCGAUCUACGAAACCGGAGACCACAUGGCAGCCUUCUUCAGCGUGUUUCUGCUGAUGCAACUGACCCAAAACUGUCUGCUGGGAACGGUCAUUACAAUUAAGAAUGAAAAGCUCACCGAAGCUCUGUACGACAUCAAGUGGUACCAGCUGCCGGUAGAAGAGGCCAGACAGUUGACACUGAUGAUGCAAUCAGCUCAAAACGCUCCAACGCUGAGCAUCGGGAAGAUUGGACCGCUCAACGUCGAGAGCUACGAGUCGAUCAUGAGAAGCAUCUACAACUUUGUGAUGGCACUGUUUGCUUUUGUUGGUUAGAACAUAAAAACUCUAAGCACACUCCCUAGCAAUAAAACUGCAGAAGGAAAACGUUUUUCAUAAUCAACUUAA